AUGGGUUGCCUUACUUCCUCUUCAAAAGAAGAAGAUAUAAGCAUGGCUUUGCAAAGUUCUAAGAAACUUAAAAUUGUAAUAGUUGGACUAGAAGGAAGUGGAAAAACCUCAAUACUUCAAUAUUUGAAGAAUGGAAAAUUUAUAGAAGCUUAGCCUACAAUAGGUUUGAAUGUGGAAACAAUUUAAUUUAAGGCAAGACAUUAUUUAGUAUUUGAUGUUGGUGGGAAGGUUAGAACAUUAUGGUCUCAUUACUAUGAAAAUUUAGAUGGAUUGGUAUUUGUAAUUGAUACAACCGAUCCAGAAAGAAUAGAAAUUGUUAAAAAUGAAUUAAAAAAAUUGGGAAGCGAAAUAAAUCAUCUAAAAUAGAUAGUGUUGCUAAUAUAUUUGAAUAAAAUAGAUUUACCAAGAUCAGCACCUAUGGAAUUAUCUAAGGAUAUUCAAUAGCAGGAAUCAGAUGUAAUAAUGCAGAGAUGCAGUGCAAAAACAGGAGAAGGUAUUUGGGAAGGUAUCGAUAAAAUGAAUAAAUUAUUGGAUCAUAAAUUUUAAUAGUGA